AAACUUCCAACAAACACAAAAAUGCUCCAACAUUAUAAGCUCCACAAGAUUCGACACAUUUUUGGGUUUAAACGCUGUCAACAUACUUCGAUUCAUUUAAAUUCGAGUUUGUUGUCCACAUUAAGAGAACAUCAACAGCAGAAAGUUAACAAAACAAAUUUAUUACCGACAUUUGACAACAGCACAAUUUAUUGGGCAAUUGUUGUCUUUGCUGGCUUUUCUCUCUUUUUUGGAAUUAUUUCUUUUUUGUUCAACAUUCUACUACUCGUUUGGCAAAAUAAUUGA